CACCAGGAGUUUAGAGAUAAUCAUAUCCAAAAUCUCUAUAAAAAUGGAGCUUGCAACCUAAACCUCUCAUUUCUCAAACCCUUCUUGUUUUACCAACAUGAAGAACUCAACAUCUCUCCUUCAACUUGUUUGUUGUACCCUACUUGUCUUUCUUCUUCCAGUAGCCCUCUGCAGCAGAGUUGUCUUCCCAACAGACGCCAAUCUCAUCGACCAAACCUGCAAACAGACACCAAACUAUGCUCUCUGCGUCUCUUCUCUUAAAUCGGACCCUCGGAGCUCCACCGCAGACGUAUCGGGCUUAGGCGUCAUACUGGUGGAUAUAUUGAAGGCCAAGUCGACCGAUACUCUGAACAAAAUCAAUGCUAUGCUUAAGCAGAGCCCUGGAGACCAGGCCUUGAAAUCUUGCGCUCGGUUUUACAACACGGUUGUAGAAGCUUUGGUGCCUGAAGCGCACCAGGGUUUUAGCUUAGGCAACCCCAAGUUUGCAGAGCAAGGCAUGAACGACGCUGCCGGUGAGGUCGAGACGUGUGAAGAUGGUUUCUCUGGCAAGUCUCCUCUGACGGAUAAGAACAAGGCUGUGCAUGAUAUUGCGGUUGUGGCUGCAGCAAUUGCCAGGACAUUGCUUUGAAGUAUUUGUUCAGAUUGUUAUGGUGUUUUGAAUCAUGUUACCUUGAUAAAAUUAAUAAAUCGUAUUAUUAUAAUUUUGUUUA